AUGGCUUCAGAUAACCAAUCCCUACCCCCUUUGCCCCUGCCCGAGGGCAUCACUGAGAACCAGGUCUCCUGUCCCGCCGCCGGCCUCUCCUUCCACAUCCUCGAAGCCGGCUACGAUUCCUCCCGCUCCAAACCUCUCAUCAUCCUGUGCCACGGCUUCCCCGAGCUGGCCUACUCCUGGCGAAAAAUUAUGCCCGGCCUAGCAGGCGCGGGCUACUACGUCGUGGCCCUCGACCAGCGCGGCUACGGCCGCACCACUGGCUGGGACACCUCCCCCUACGCCGAGGUCGACCUAAGCCAGUUCACCAUGACGAAUCUCGUCCGCGACAUCGUCAUCCUGGUCAACGCGCUGGGCCACAACCGCGUCCACUGCAUCAUCGGCCACGACUUCGGCGCCGUCUCGGCCUCCAUGUGCGCGCUGAUGCGGCCAGACAUGUUCCGCGCGCUGGUGCUGAUGUCGCAUCCGUUCAAGCCGCCACCCGCCUUACCCUUCGACACCGCGCACAGCGCUCCAGAAGAAGCAGCGGCCUCAGGCCCCGACAAACCCGACAUCCACGAGGAGCUGGCAACCCUACCGAACCCCCGCAAGCACUACAAAUGGUACAACAGCACCGCCCCCGCCGCUUCCGACUGGGCACGCCCAGACCAAGGCCUGAAGGAGUUCCUGCGCGGCUACAUCCACCUCAAGUCCGCCGACUGGGCGGGCAACACGCCGCACGCGCUCGAAGCGUGGAGCGCUGAGGAGCUGGCCAAGAUGCCCGAGUACUACAUCAUGCCGCUACAAAGCAGCAUGCCCGCCGUCGUGGCCUCCAACAUGAAGAACGAAGACGCCAGCCUGACGAAGCGCUGGCUCCCCGACGAGAACCUCGACAUAUACGUCCAGGAGUGGGGGCGCACAGGCUUCCAAGGCGGCUUGAACUGGUACCGGAGCCAGACCGAUCCAGCCAAGAUGCGGGAUCUGGAUCUGUUUGCGGGAAAGAAGAUCGAGGUGCCGACGGUGUUUAUCUCGGGGGCGAAGGAUUGGGGGAAUUAUCAGCAGCCCGGCGCGCUGGAGGGGUUUCCGGAUAGCUGUCCGGAUUUUAGGGGGGUGAAGAUUAUCGAGGGCGUGGGACAUUGGCCGCAGCAGGAGCAGCCGGAGAGGGUGUUGGAGGAGAUUUUGGGGUUCUUGGAGGGGCUUAAGGGGAAGAAUGACGGGGGGAAGGGUGGGAUGGGGAUGCCGCUCGGAGAUGUUUCCUGGGAGUAG